AUGUUUAAAUCGAGACUUUCAAUCUAUGCUGGACUCGCGCUUUGUGUGCUUGCGGGUGCGCUUCAAGUCAGUGCCCUACCGCAAGCCGUGAAUGCACGGGACCAAGUUGAUCAAGGUGCGUUUGCCAGCAAAUCCCGUCGCCAUCUCCCCACUCAGUCGCUCACCUUCUCGAUCUUGGUAUUUCGUAGGCCACAUUGCGGCACUCAUCAAAGAAAGAGGGGACGAUGGCUCAGACAAUGGGAACGACACUAGUCUCGGAGGUUACUGUUCCGUGGGAUGCGAUUCUCCGCAGCUCAGGAGUCAGCUCGACUGUUCCGGCUGUGGUCAUUGA